AUGUCCUUCGGUUUCAGUAUCUUCGAUAUCGCCUCCUUCGUCUAAUUAUCCUGGCAAGUCGUCGAAGGCGCCAAAGCAGCAUGCGGCGAACACGAUGAUCUAACCAAAGAGAUGGUUACCCUCCAUACGGUCCUUUCGCAUGUCGAAACCGAGAUGCAGAAUCCCGAUUCGAUGCGAGGCAAUAAGAGGGAUAAACGCGUCAAGGGACUACGCAAUCAUAUCCAGGGCUGUGAUGAACACCUCUUGCGCCUCGAUCGUCUUCUCUCGAAAUAUAAUUCUUUGAGUAAAUCGGAGAAGAGCGUUCAGAAGUUGUGGCAGAAGGCGAAGUUUGGGAAUCGUGAGAUUGUCAGUGUGAAGGAUAUCAGACAGAAGGUACGCACGUAUACGGAUGCUAUAGCUAUUAGCCUUCAAUUAUUCUCCUCGGGAUCGCAAAGUCGGGUGGAGCGCCAGAUGAAUCGCCAGAGUGGGAGCUUGGACGGGAUUCAGGAGUCGGUUAAUCUUGUGCUUGCGAAGUUGACGGCUGCUGGUUUGCCGGCUGGUGGUGGCUCGGUGAUGACGGAUUAUCGUGGGGAUGAUAAGACGUUUUGGAGGGAUCUGAGACGGGAGUUGAUUGGGGAGGGGUUUUCGAGUAAGGUCUUGAGAGGGAAGGAGAGGCUUAUUAGGGAUUAUGUUGUGGAACUUGGGCAGAGGGGUGUGUUGGAUGAUCGGAAUGCUUCGACCACGACGCUCCCGCUGAUUAGGGAGCUUAAGGUUCCUUGAGAUUCAGAAAGGGAGGAGACUGGUGACGAGCGAGUUCAAGAGAAGAGAUUCAAGCCGAUUGGGAAUAUUAGCAAAAAAGCAGUUGAUGAGAAGAAAAACUGCGGCCCAGAAUAUCUGACGGCAGAAAAGGAUGAAUCUUCGAGUGAGAGCGAAUCGAAUUCUUCGCUUCCAACGAGAAAUAGCGAUGAUGAAAGCAUUCUUCAGAAAGGCCAAGAAUUAACCGAAGAGGAGAAAAUAGACGACACAUCGCGUGAUUGCGAUUCAGAGUCUUCGUCUUCCUCCAGGGACAACGAUAAUGAAAACAUCCAGGAGGAAGACCAAAGAGCAUUUAGAGAGGAAGACAACGAAGAACUGCCUGACAGCGAAUCAGAGUCCUCAUUUCCAAAUACAACUGGCAACAUUCAACAAUGCAUUACAGGCAAGGAAACAGAUGACACGGAGCUCUACGACGAUAAUGCUGAAGAGGACAAUGAUUCCAGCACAGAAGACGAUGCAACGAUUCCGAAAGCGAACCGGAACACUUCCCCUUCUGUGUAA